ACCAUCCCCACCACUUGUUCGUCCAUCAGUCGCUCCGAGGCCGUUGUACAGAGAGGUUUGUUCUUGUUGUCCGUCUGUGCGUUUAACGUUUAGUGUUUCGCCUUCACGUUGCGACCGCCGAUUUCGUCCGAUCGGUGCGCUUCCCGGCUUUUUAAUUCCCACACGCGCUGUUGUAUCGGUACCAGAGGAGUUUUCUUGCGUAGCAACGGAAUAGACGUGUGCGUGCUAGUGUUAGUAAACUUAACCUCAAAGUGUGGCGGCGGGCCACUGUUCCAGUCGUAAACAAGCAAAGUGUAGUGUCUCUGUGUGAUGGUGUUCCAAUAUUGAGGAAGUGAAGCCGUGAAUACCAGAAGAAGGAGAAGCAGUUUUCCUUCUUUCGUUUAAUCCGAAAGAAAAGGAAGCUUUACUCGGCGUAUUCUUAUCGCGGUUCUCGCCCUGUUUUACCGACCGGAUAAAGGGCACGCCACGCUCUCCGUGCCCAACGGGAUUCUUCGUGGCGUCGGCGUCACGUUUAACCUCGAUGAACGUAGAAGGCGGGUCGAAAUAAGUGGUGACAGUAGAGUAGUUGUCGUUCGGAAAGGUGAAGUUACAUGUUAUCGAUGAGAAUGCGGUAGUUGCGGAUGGCAAACACACCGAUGGAUCAUCUUUGUGCAUCCGAGGCGGGGACCUUCUUGAUCGAAUCGCGUCGACAGAACCGCGGACAGAGCCGUGCUGAAGUUCGUUCGUCCUCGUAGCCCACGCGGGCGAUUUGAAUCGAAGUGUUUUUGUUUAUCGUUGUUGUUGUUAUUUAUUGUCGUUAAUAUGUUGCGUGACAUGAAGCAUACCGCUUACGUGUUUUAAAAACACAUAUAGAGGUGUUUGUAUUUUGUACUAGUUUGAAACCAUACAAAAAACAUGUAUCCCAGUGCUGGAAUCAACGCUGCUGCUGUGGCUGCCGCCGCUGCUGCUAGGCAUCCGGGUCCACCGCAACCCGGCCAGCAAUAUAAAUUCUCGAUCGGCGAGUUGUGCGAUCGUAUCAAGGAGGACUUCAACUUUCUUCAGACACAAUAUCACAGUAUUAAAUUGGAGCUGGAGAAACUCGCCCAGGAGAAGACCGAGAUGCAGCGCCACUACGUUAUGUAUUACGAGAUGUCGUACGGGCUGAACGUGGAAAUGCAUAAACAGACAGAGAUAGCGAAGAGGUUAAACGCCAUAAUUGCUCAGAUCCUGCCGUUUCUCUCCCAGGAACACCAACAACAAGUCGCUACUGCUGUUGACAGAGCCAAACAAGUGACCAUGACCGAACUCAACGCCAUUAUCGGGCAACAAAGGCCAGACUUGCCAAGGAUUCUUCAGCAGGUGCAUGCCCAGCAGCUACCACCAGGUGCAGCGAUGGGUCCACAUCCAGGUAUACCUGGACUUCCUGGACUUGGUCCUGGAGCAGGACUUCCUGUUCCUACGUCAGCCUCCGCUGCUCUUCUCGGAUUAGGUAUUCCACCGGGUGCGGCAGCAACUGCUGGAGGGACAGCUGCUCAUCCUCUCUCGAUGUUGACCAAACCAGACCUUCAUCGAGGUCAACCCGACGACCUGAAGCACAAUGGAGGUCUUAACCCGGCGGAGGAGAGGCAUAGAAGUUCGAUAUCGCCGGCGGAACGCGAAAAAUACAGUAGGCCGCGAUCACCCGAUCCCCAGCAUCACGAUCACCUGCCAUUGAAGAAGAUGAAAAAGGAACAAGAUAAAGACAUAGGCCAUCAAAGCGAUGGUGAAAAGAGCGACCAGGACUUGGUGGUAGACGAUGCCAGCGAAGGGCCAACGAGCCCGACGGCGAAUGGCACAGCGUCUCCUAGGGAGAAUGGCCUUGACAAACUCGGUCCAUCUUCGGUGCCUUUGAGCAGCCAGGUUAAGAAAGAAGUGCCACCACCGUCGCCGAGGAGUGGUACCAGCAGCAACGCGAGUACACCUUCGGCUAAGAAGAUGGAGGAACGAGAAAAACCCACCACACCGAUCUCGAAACCUGUCACACCCACGUCUGCAGGUGGUAGCAGCUCCGGCUCUGGUGGUCUGAAACCAUCGAGUUCCAGCAAACCACUGGUCUCGGCUUCGGCGGUCGGCCCUUAUCCGCCACACUAUCCGCCGCCACAUCAUCCACCCGCAGGACCUCAUGUGGACGUGCUGGGUUAUCCUUCGGCCCUGAAUGGAUAUCCCGCAAGACCGCCUCUUCAGCAACUCUACGAUCCUCACGGAAGCAUGAGGGCACCUCUUGGACCUCUCGGUGUACCCGGUGGCAAACCUGCGUAUAGUUUCCACGUAUCGAGUGAAGGCCAGAUGCAGCCGGUUCCGUUCCCUCACGAUGCUCUAAUUGGACAAGGAAUACCGCGUCAUGCGCGCCAGAUAAAUACCCUGACACACGGCGAGGUGGUGUGCGCGGUAACGAUCUCGAAUCCGACUAAAUACGUUUACACCGGUGGCAAAGGAUGCGUCAAGGUCUGGGACAUCAAUCAGGGCGGCAGCGGUAGCGCGAAACACGUUUCGCAGCUUGAUUGCCUGCAACGAGACAACUACAUCAGAUCGGUGAAACUACUACCAGAUGGAAGGACACUCAUCGUAGGUGGUGAAGCAAGCAACCUGAGCAUCUGGGAUCUGGCGAGUCCAACGCCAAGGAUCAAAGCUGAAUUGACGUCGAAUGCGCCAGCGUGUUAUGCUUUGGCAAUUUCACCGGACUCGAAAGUCUGCUUCAGCUGUUGCAGCGAUGGUAAUAUCGCUGUUUGGGAUAUACAGAACCAGUCUUUGCUCAGACAAUUCCAAGGUCACACGGAUGGUGCAUCCUGCAUCGACAUCUCCGCGGAUGGUUCGAAACUGUGGACCGGAGGAUUAGACAAUACCGUACGCUCGUGGGAUCUUCGGGAAGGCAGACAACUUCAACAACACGAUUUUACCUCUCAAAUAUUUUCACUUGGUUAUUGCCCCACUGGCGAAUGGUUGGCAGUAGGAAUGGAGAAUUCAAACGUUGAAGUCUUACACGCCACGAAACCGGACAAAUAUCAGCUACAUUUACACGAGUCUUGUGUACUUUCUUUACGUUUCGCUACCUGCGGCAAGUGGUUCGUCUCAACUGGCAAGGACAAUUUACUGAACGCGUGGCGUACACCAUACGGUGCCUCGAUAUUCCAGUCGAAGGAGUCCUCGUCGGUGCUCAGUUGCGAUAUUUCUACGGACGACAAGUAUAUUGUGACUGGAUCAGGUGAUAAGAAAGCAACAGUAUAUGAAGUGAUAUACUGAACAGUCAGCUGGUCGAUACAUUUAAAGAUACUGAAUAUUAUCAAAUGUGUUACGGUUUUAUAACGUUGGUGCGUAGAAGAAACAAGCCUAAAGACAAGAAGAAAUCGAAGAAGCCUGUUUCAAGAAUUCCACGAAAAGACUAAGGGGACAAGAGUAUGCACUCUGCAAUGUGUAUUAUGAGAAGAAAAAAAAACAGUUCUUUUGUGAAUCGACGAAUGAUACGUUAGCGUGUGUUAUAUUUGUUAAAUUUGAAUCACGCGCAGCGGCUUCCGUGUUACAUGAGAGAGAGAGAGAGAAAGAGAAAGACCAGAGGAAGCUGCGAGCCGAACUGAAGUUACAUUAUAUAGAUAUAGAUAUAUAUAAAGGUGGCAGAACGUUUUAGAUAUUUAAGAUUGUAUAGAACAUAUGUUAUAAAUACGCUAAGAAAAUAUGAUGAAUGGGACUUUUAUGCGUGAUAUAAUGUUCGCUCGGAUGAUUGUGGUCCUCGUGUUCGACUUCGAGGCGAGAAGUCCCUUGUGUAAUAUGUUACUAAUGUAAUAUAGAAUUUUACGAUAAAAAGUUCGUGCGACUGUGAGAGAUGCAAAGUGAAAUGUUAUUGGCAUUUUCACCGCGCGUGAUGUCCUCGUGCUUUACUAUGAUCUACGAAAGAACGAACUGAGAUGCCUGAGAAAGAAAGAAAGAAAGAAAUGUACGUACGGAGCACACUACGAUUUAGGGUGUAGACCGAUCAAAGUAGGAAUGUGUGUGUUGUGUUACAGAAUUUUACAUAAAUAUACCGAACACACAACAAUGUAGAAGCAAGAACGUUUUAAUCCGAGGAUAGAAAACGUAGGUCUAUAUCGAAUCGAUGUAAUUUCGAUUGCGCUAAGAUGUGUAAAGGAAGCUGGAUUUCUUGCGCGAUCCUGAAUAUUUCCAUUACGAGGAAAAGUGUGUAAAAGGAAAAAAAGAGCGUAUCCCCGAAACUUUGUACUCAUAUAGAAAGUUCAGUUACGAAUAUUUUCGUUCUUUCGUUGCUGUUCUCUAUGUCGGUAUUACAGCUACCACUCGUAACUAUAUGUUCUGCGGUAACUGUGGGAAAUUGUGAAAGGCACGAAAGCAGGCUGACAGAAAAACAACAGUACGUUUGAUCUCUUCACUCAUUUUCUGUAGAAAACACGCGUAGAACAAACGGAAAAGUUUCAAGAGUUUCCCAUCGCACUGUAAUUGGUAUCGGUACCAAAAAAAAAUCGCUGUAUCCUUCACGGGGCACAAAUUUAUGAUACAUCGUAUCUCGUUCGCAUUGGAUCUCAAACCGAUUUUUGGUGGAAAAUUAUUUAUCGAAUCAAUUUAUCUACGUUUUACUAUAAAGAAUUUUAGUGCUAUUACAUGUUAAAAUAAAAUGUGAUCAUUGUUCUAAUAAUGAACUGUAUGUUCUACUGAUCUACUUGCGAUGAUCUAUUUGAAUUUUACUGGUUUUGAAUCUCUAUGAUUAGAUAUACAUGGUGAACUAUGUACGAUGUACUUUACUUAUUGUACCGUUCGCGAAGGAAUUAUAGUUUUACACUUGCGUAAAAAAAUUUAAACGUGUCCAAUGAAGAUUAAGAUUCGUUAGAAGAAUGAAACAUGAACUAUAAGAAGGUUCUCAUGAACGCGUAUCAUUACUGCCAUUACGAGGCAUCAACGCUAUUAUUCGUAUUUACGAAUAGAAUCAUGUGGACUACUUACGCUGUUAGACACGUUUCUUCACGAGAUAUUCAUGCAAGAAUAUUUUUGUGAGUGUCGCACACGGCUAUCCCAUAAGUUUAAUUUGUUAGCGACUCGAUCAACGAGAGACACACGUACAUUGUGACUGAUAGCGAUAUCAAAAGCAAAAGAAAAUAAAAUUGCGCCACGUACACGCGGUUAACGAUUUCUUCGAUGCCUGUGAGAACGGCGUAUAAAAUUGAUAGGGUACUAGGUAAUUAUUAUUCGGAUAUUCGACGGUAAAAGCAGGGGAUGCAUAAUGGAGAUUUAUAUUUUGUUACAGGAAGACAACACACGUUUUACAUUCGCUGUGAUCGUCGUAGAAUCGACGCUGUAUACUGCCGCGAGAAUAGAAAAAUUAAAAAAAUUAAUACGAAUUAUACGUCGCAAAAAUGAAAAAAAAGAUAUAGAAGAAACAUAGAAAAAAUAGAAGGAAAAAGAUGUAUAAAAAACAGAUAGAUUUUCGACGAGCACAGCUCCGAUGAUAGACCAAUAGAAACAACGAUACCUCAAGAAGACUCAAUAGUUAAUUAUCUCUUUAAUGGAUUAACUUGUACAGAAUCGAUAUUCUUUUACAGUGACUAAUUACGCAUACCCGCAUACAGUUGCAUACACACAUACAUACAGAUGAACUAGAAAGAACAGAGCGAAAUCGUGAUUCGAUAUCCGCAAUUUAAAAAGAAAAACUAAACAGCUCUCUGCCCCGCGUUUCAUUGGAUUGUGUCUCCGUGCUCGUAAUUUGCACUCCGUGUGUACGAAAGCGAUGAGAAAUAUGCGUUUCCAGCCAGAACAAGAAAAAACAAAAGACAAGUGUUAAUCCUUUCCAAGCACAGUUCAUGUUGUUCCUAUAGCUACGCGAAGAUUGUUUCUUUCGACAAUUAAAUCAUCUAUAUCUAUAUACAUA